AUGGCAAUGAUUAAUGUUAACUAUGCUCCAGUGCAAAGAGCUUCUGGUUUUUCUCAGUCAAGAAGAAUCCAUAUUUUUACUUCUUCAGUUUCACUUAAGAGAAAGGAGCGAUCAUUUCCCAGGCAGAUCGUAGCAAAAACUGGAGGUUUUGAUGAUUAUCAAAUUGGUUCAGGUGGGCAGAACAUUGUGGACGAGAAUAUGAUCGUUCUGAGGAAACGAAUAUACGAAGUGAUAUUACAGGAGAGCAAUAGUUACGAAAAUCCGUCAAAAUGCAUGGAAUGUGAAAAGUGUUUAUAUCCAGAUUACCAUCACAAUAUGUUGAAUGCAAUUCAGAGGUUGCAAUGCAUUUUAAUUAACACACACCCCAGCACUGUGAUUGCCAUUGCGGCCAUCAUAUGCCUGUCACUCCCGUUAUCGUUUCUGAUGGCCUUAUUUUCUUAA